GAUAGGGAGCAGGGGCUGACACUACCCCCGUGUGGGCGGCGGAACGUCCCGAGGAUGACGUGCGGCGUUCUCGAAUCCCGUGUCUCGCUCGCUCGCUCGCCGCCGCCGCCGCCGAAGGAAACGGGAAAAGCAACAAGGAGGCAGGAGCAGGCGCGGCGCCAUGGCGGCCCUGGAGCGGCCCGUGCCCAGUCCCGAGGCGUUCCUGGGCCAGCCCUGGGCCGCCUGGGUGCGGGAGGCCGCCCCCCCGCACGCGCACGGCGCCGCCCCCCCGCACAGUGCAGAUCUGGAAGAGACUGGAAAGGAGGGUGCGAAAAGCAGGGAGGUGAUGAGGCUCAAUAAAGAAGAUAUGCACUUAUUUGGCCAUUAUCCAGCUCAUGAUGAUUUCUAUCUUGUAGUGUGCAAUAUCUGCAAUCAGGUAGUCAAGCCACAGGUUUUCCAGUCGCACUGCGAACGAAGACACGGUUCAAUGUGCAAACCUUCCCCUUCUCCAGCUUCUCCAGCUUGCAAUUCCAGGACAUCCCUAGUGCAGAUGAAACCGAAAUCCUGUAUCAGCGGCCAUAACCCUGUCAGCAGCAACUCAAAGCCAUUCAAAACGCCCAAAGACAAUCUACUUACCUCCAGUAGCAAACAGCACACAGUCUUUCCUUCAAAAGUUUCGAGGGAUAAACCAUGUGUUCCUGUUCCAGUAGUCAGUCUAGAGAAAAUUCCUAAUCUAGUGAAGGCAGAUGGUGCCAAUGUUAAAAUGAAUUCUGCAACCACUACCACCAUCACCUCCUCCUCAGCCUCGUCAUCCACCAUACCUGCUCCAACCUUGGUUAAAUCUGGUUUGACAACCAAGUCAGUGCCGCCGUCGCCAGAAAAGAUUCUGAACGGCAAAGGAAUUAUAGCUCCAUCAAUAGACAAGAAACACCAAAAUGGCACUAAAAGCAGUAACAAGCCUUACAAAAGACUUUCAGAAAGAGAAUUUGACCCAAAUAAACACUGUGGAGUACUGGAUCCUGAAACAAAGAAACCUUGCACAAGAUCGCUCACCUGCAAGACUCAUUCACUUAAUCAUCGACGAGCAGUUCCAGGCCGUAAAAAACAGUUUGACAUCCUUCUAGCUGAACACAAAGCUCGAUCCAGGGAAAAAGAAGUCGCAAAAGACAAAGAGCAUCCACCAUCGGCAAGGGAAAGCUAUCAGAGCCAGCCCACACCAGCACAAGACUCUCUGUCAGGAUCUUCAGUGAACUCUGGACAAGAAUCUAAAGUAACAUCUCCUGCAAAAUCUAGACCACCAAAUUCUGUACUUCCAAGACCAUCAUCUGCCAAUAGCAUAAACAGCAACAGUUCUUCAAACCACAGUGGGUAUGUACCAGAACUGCCACUGCCUUCCAUGGGAGGAGAUUUAACUAGUAGAUUGUCCAGUGAUGAAGGAGAAGUGGAUGGAGCUGAAGAAUCUGAGAAAUUAGACUGUCAUUUUUCUGGACACCAUCCCAGACCUCUUGGGUUCUGUUCGUAUGGUAGUCGCUUAAUGGGAAGAGGGUACUAUGUCUUUGACAGAAGAUGGGACCAUUUUCGAUUCGCACUAAACUCCAUGGUAGAAAAACACUUGAAUUCACAGAUGUGGAAGAAAAUCCCUCCUGCGGCAGACAGCCCAAUGCCUUCUCCAGCAGCACACGUCUCCACUCCCUUUCCAGCGUCCGUCUUACAACCUUUCAGCAACCCCAGUGCAGUAUAUAUUCCGUCAACACCUAUCAGCUCAAGAAUCACUUCUUCUUACAUAAUGACAUCAGCCAUGUUAUCAAAUGCAGCCUUUGUGACGACAUCGGAUACAAAUUCCAUUAUGUCACACACUACAGCUUUUCCUCAUGUGGCUGCAAGCCUAAGCAUCAUGGACUCGACCUUCAAGGCGCCAUCAGCUGUGUCACCAGUGCCAGCAGUCAUCCCUUCCCCAUCCCACAAGCCAUCCAAAACAAAAACCAGCAAAUCCUCAAAAGUAAAAGACUUGUCAUCUCGUAGCGACGAGUCUUCAAGUAACAAAAAGAAAAAGCCGCAGUCAUCAUCAUCCUCGUUAUCUUUGCAGACAUCUUCCUCGUCUUCAUUUUCAGGGUCCCACAAAAAGAACUGUGUCCUGAACACCAGUUCGACUUUGAACUCCUAUCAGGCCACAUCUUCCUACAACAGUAUGUCUGUGCACAAUACAAACAAUGGAACAAGCCCACUCAGUGCCAAAUUGGAGCCCUCAGGACGGACUUCAUUAUCAAGUAGUUCAACAGACUCAGUGAAACACAUGAGCAUGGUAGUAAGCAGUAUUGACUCUUCUAAUCUGUCUGUACCUUCUCUUGUGCACCAUUCAGGGGACCACUCCCUGGGAGCACACAAUGCAGUGUCUUCUCUACCCCUUUCUUUCGACAAAUCAGAAGGAAAAAAACGUAAAAACUCUAGUUCUAGUAGCAAAGCCUGUAAAAUCACUAAAAUGCCUGGUAUGAAUAGUGUUCAUAGAAAGAGCACUGCCAACCUUAUUUCUGCGGUGCCAGACCCAACAAGCAGCUCCAUCUCUCGGCAGAUUGGAAAAAAUAGCAGUGUAGCUUUGUCACAAUCCAGUCCUUCGAGUACAUCAAACCCAGUACACAACAGACAACAUUUAGUGAUUUCAGUGGGAACUCUGAGUGUUCGGCAUCUUCCGGGAUCGAUCGAAGCGCAGAGGAUUUCUGCACCAAACUGUAAUGGAUGUUAUCAAAGGUUCGACACACGAAAUCCCCUGGGAGGAAUUCUAGACCCUUAAGAUAACAGAACUUGAUAACCUCAGUAAACAGCUUGAGUGUGCGAGGACAGGCGUUGAGCAGAUUGGCUUGCGUUCAUAGAAUUGCACUGACAGUGUUUCUUAUAGGAUUACUGAAUAAUUUUUUAAUAAAAUACAGAUUUUAUAAUCAGGAAGCCAAUGCUAGGUACUGGAACAAUAGUACGGAGGAGUUGAUUUUUAUUUCUACAGUGUUAAAAGUGCACUUAUAUGCUGGUUUAUUUACAUCUUGGGGAAAGGCGAGAGACUGCAAAUAGGGAGAUUAUUACUACUUUCUUUUUUAAAAAAAGAAGGCUUAAGGUAAAUUUUAAGACUAAAAAUGUUUAAGCAAUUAUAAGCAAGGCUAGACCCUUUGAAAAAAAAAGUUUAGAAAUAUUCUUAAAAUAAAUUUUUAUAGUGUUAAUUUUGUAAUAAUUUAUGUUUUGCUAUACUUCAGAGCUAACUGACCGUAUAGUUUCAGAAACAGUAUGAAACUUAGGAAAGUUGAAGCAAUGUUUAUAUUUUUAAAAUGUUCUUUGAAUUAUGUUUUUAUUGUACAUUUCUUCAGACUGAAAAAUGUGUACAUAUCUUUGUUAUUUUUGCACAAUUUUUGUCUCGUUCAGUUUUAGGAGCAGUACUAUGUUGAUUUUUUUUCUUUUAAUUUAUUUUGAGUUAUAAAACCGCAGGAGUUUAUCAGUCUCAGUAACAAAUCAUCCUCUGUUAUCAACGAGCGGCUGUUUCUGGUUGUUGAGGGAAGAGAGCGGUGCUGAGGUGCAGAGGUGGCUUCUGAGGAGCAGCGCUCAGCAGGGGCGGAGGAGCGCCGUGCUGGUGCUCGGAAGCUUCAGCUCUUUCCACGCCUCUUGGGAUUGGAAAGCUGCAAUAUGGAGCCUGUCCUCUGAAUGCUGCUGACUUGUUCCGUUUCAUGCGGCUCACACCUGGCAACGCUGGGGGAAGUGAAGCACCAAGUAAAAUCCCACAGUCUUUCAUCGUCAAGUAAUCAUUAUUUAAUUACGAGUAUUGAAAAUUUCAGCCUGAGAAGUGAAAUGGAAGUAAACAUUUGAAUAAAGUGGAUAUAAACUGGACCAGCCUAUAAUGCAUUAUUAGUGUAGCAUUCACUCGGUAGUUCUUUUUGUUACCCUUUGCCUGAAAAUCUCGUGGUUUGUUUCCAGCAAUAGAGGCUCAGAAGCUUUGGUUGUUGACAUACGCAAUGCAUAGGCCCGUCAGCCAUAAAAAGCGACUUGGAUAACUUGUAUGCCUUCUUUUGUAUCGAUGUAACAAUUGUAAAUAGUGCUGAUCGACCUUUGUAGAGAAUAGUUUAUACAGCAUAUUCUAUUAUUGCUGAUUCUCAGUGAACUAUUGUUUUAAAAAAAAGAAGAAAAAAAGAAAUUUUUCUAUUUACACCUUAUAUUUUGUUAUGCUGUCGACCCAUGGCACUUUAACAAAACUCUGUGGGUUUUGCAUAGCUGGUCAGUCAUGGGGUAUAUUAAAUAACUGUUGUUGCACAGAAAUGAAUUUGCACCUGCUAUAUUGUGCUUUCCUACUACAGAUUUUAGAACCUUUUCCAGAAGACUUUUGAAGAAAGCAUGUCCAAUCAUUCUAAGAAAGAAAUGCCAUACUUGUACAGCCAAUUUCUUUUCUACAAUCCAUAUUUUGUAACACUAAGUAUUUUCAUUCUUUGUCCUGCACCUUUAUGUAUUAGCAGUAUCAGAUAGAAUCCAUUCCAUGCUUGUGAUAAUUGUAAGCGGAAUAAAUGUCUAAAGUAGGUGUAAAUAGUAAAUUCUAUGGCUUACAGUUUAAAAAAGGAAAACCAGAACAAACAUGUAUCUGAUUGAUACUGCCAUGGUUCAACACCGGGCCUGGAGAUAUUCUCUAGUGAGCGAUUGUAUUUUUGUUUUUUUGCUUUAUUAUUAUUAUUUUUUUUUUUGUAACAUGGCUUUGUAAAUAAAAUAAUUUAUAUGUUUGUAAGAAA